AUUCCAUCUUUCCUUUCAUAUUAUAUAUCCCCUGACCUCUUUUCUACCCGAUUUUCCGAAUGAUGUCCGCCGUUAAAACGAGGAAAAACAAGGACGAGGGUCGAAGUCGGUUUAGCAAUGAACAAAUUCAGUUCCUUGAGUACAUGUUUGAGACACAGUCGAGGCCUGAGUUAAGGACGAAGCAACAGCUUGCCAACAAACUCGGGCUUCAUCCUCGUCAAGUAGCCAUAUGGUUUCAGAACCGAAGGGCUCGAUCAAAGUCGAGGCAGACUGAGCAAGAGUACAACCUCUUGAAGCACGACUAUGAGGCUUUGGCGUGUAAAUCGGAGUCUUUGAAAGAAGAGAAUCAGUCCCUUCUGACACAGUUGCAGAUGCUAAGAGAUCUAGCGAAAACGCAGCAAGGGAACAUAACAAUGAGGCCGGACUUCGCCAACAAGAGCAGUAACGAAAAUUUUGAUGAUAAGAUAACCCUGUCAAUGGCGGACAAUUCAAAAGUUCUAUCAGAAAACGAUAACCAAGAAAUUCAUGUCCCAUUUUACGGUGAUACUUCAUAUGUUGGAGAAGAUGGUAAAAUUAUAGAAACCGAAGAGCAUAAGAGCAGGUCUGAUUCAGACCGUCCAAGCUGGUGGGAGUUCUAAUGGCAGUUUUGUAUAGGUUAUCAUACUAGAAUAUUACAGGUUAGAGUAUCUGUGAACUACUGAAAGAGUGUCGCUCAGGAGCAGCCUCUCUUGAGAGAGAGGUAAUGUCUGCGUACAAUCAACCCCCCCCCCCCCAACCUUAUGUUCAUGUGAGAUAUAUUGGGUUUGUUUAGCUUGGUUUGAUUUACUGAACGAGUGUUGCUCUCAUUUCAACAUAUAUUAUUUGCUGAAUACAUUACCAGCUAGUAUACGCUUGUAUAAACUAUCACGAGGUUAAUAUACAUGUAUAAAUUUACCGAUGUCU